AUGGAUCUGGAAAUGGGUGAUGUUGUCCACUUCAAUUUGCAAUGGCAUGGGAAUAACCAGACUUGGGGCUUUGCCACUGCAGAAGAAUUUGAGCCAAUCCCUCGCCUUUACCUCUAUAUUUUAGCUUUGUAUGAAGAUGAUCUUCGCUACCCCAUUCGGGCACCUCCUGGGGGCUAUGGGAUUAACCCUGAUUGGUUAAUACACAAAAUGACAUAUGAAGAUACCAAAGGGAAGGCUCCACCAUAUAUACUGUAUCUUGAUCAUGAUCAUGCUGAUAUAGUUCUUGCCAUUAGGGGUCUAAAUUUGGGAAAGGAGAGUGACUAUGCAGUUCUGUUGGACAAUAGAUUGGGGAAGAAAAAGUUUGAUGGGGGCUAUGUUCACAAUGGGUUGUUGAAGGCUGCUGAAUGUUUGGAAGUUGAAUGUAAAGUUUUGAGGGAGUUGGUAGAGAAGCAUCUAGAUUAUACUUUGACUUUUGUUGGACAUUCACUUGGAUCUGGUGUUGCAGCUUUGUUGAGCUUGGUGGUGGUAAGGAAUAGAGAUAGACUGGGAAAUAUUGAGAGGAAGAGGGUCAGGUGCUAUGCCAUUGCCCCGGCUAGGUGCAUGUCGUUGAAUUUGGCAAUCAGAAAUUUACCCGGGUAG